GGCGGUGUGUCCGAGCUUUCCCGAUAAGCUCGGUGAUUGCUCGAAGGGCAACGCCUAGGGUUUCGAUCCACGAGCUCUCUCUAUCUCUGCAACCUUUUUUUUCCUCGGAUGGAUUAAUUAUACUAUGAUUUCUCAGCAAGAGAACUAUUUUUUUAUCCCCCAAUCCGAUCCUUGCUUCCCUUGCUCUCCGCCCCACCAACUCGUGCUCACACCUACCUAAGCCCUCGAGCCUUCCAUUAGAUCAUACUCUUACUACGGCUGCUGCUACUUUUACCUCGCCGAGAAGAUUGCGGGAGGAGAGGACGAGAUCGAGGUCCGGUAAUGGCGGAUUCUUGUCCGACGCGGGUGUAGCAUUGCACUGGUCUCAUUUGGAAGAUAAUUACAGGCUGGAGGGCGGCAUUUGCUGCGGGAGCUGUUUGUCGUUUCGAUCUUGAUGGGAGUUGGAGGAAUGCAGGUCGAUCGGGGUUGGCAUGAUUUGAAUCUGGAGAAAAGGAGCGAUUUUGAGCGUGGGAAUUCGUGGUUCUCGGAGUUCGAGUGGGUGAUAUGAGAGGUCUGGGAAGCCGAAGCAUUAGAUCGAAGCAAGGCGAGUUUAGUUGACAAAGACAAAAUUUUUGUGCGUAACAUUGGUGAUUGAUCGCUGAGAUUUCCAGGCAGAGUUCGGCGUCUCAUACUGCCCUAAGUGGUUGCAGUCAUUGCGGGAGCUGCCACUGCACUGCAGACUUCCUGCAGCCUGGUGAGCAGCGGGAGGGAGGGUCGGGGGUAGAGAGAGAGAGAGAGAGAGAGGCGGGAAGGAGGCAACCACAGGUCAUAGCUGACACCUCCGACCACGAUGGCGAUCCGGAGCGUUUAAAGAAACCCGACGCCCCAGAGCUGACAUAACUCCUCUCGGACACCCCUAUACAAAAAGGAGAUCGAGAGGGGGUGAUAAUAAAGGAGUGGUCGAGAAGGCCAUAAAGAUCCGUUAUUGCGCCCAGGUGAGGCAUGAGAGCUACAUGGAAUUGGAGGAGAACAACCACGCUUGCAAGCGUUCUUGGGCGGCGGGCAACGGCGGUCAGGCGGCCAAGAUAGGGCGCACGGAGCACCAGGACGAGGACGAGGAGGACGGCGAGAGGAAAGGUGGAGGAAGAGCUGAUACUAGCCGCUGGGGCCCCUGGCAGCAUCACCCGUCGUCCAGGAUCUUCCGGGUUUCGCGUGCUUCCGGCGGAAAGGACCGGCACAGCAAGGUCUACACGGCGAAGGGCCUCCGCGACCGGAGGAUCCGCCUCUCCGUCUCCACCGCCAUCCAGUUCUACGACCUUCAAGACCGCCUCGGCUAUGACCAGCCGAGCAAGGCCAUCGAGUGGCUAAUCAAAGCUGCCGCGGCUGCCAUCAAUGAGCUCCCUCCCCUCGAUUGCUUCCCCAAGCCUCCUGAUCCUUGUGGGGACGAGACGAUGAAUGCCGAUCGAGAUGUCGAGCCGAGCUACGACCAGCAGCAGCAACAGCAACACCCGUCGAACAAAUCCGGCUGCAGUAGCUCCUCGGAUACCAGCAAAGGCUCCGACUUGUCGCUCUCACGACCGGAGAGCAGCAUCAAGGCCAGGGAGCGAGCACGAGGACGAGAAGCAAAGAAUAAAGAGGAUAGAGACGAUAGCGGCUACAUCGUCGCCUCUCAUCAUCGGAACCUGAACCCUCAGACCUCCUCUUUCACGGAGCUUCUCACCGGCGGCAGUAACAGAGCCGUCCCUGUUGCCGCAGGCGACGGGAACUCCAGCCACAAUUGCAUUCAGAAGCAAGUCUCUAACGCGGACUACUUCGGCCAAGAUUGUCUCUUUGCCCAGUCCCAAAGGAGUCACCCGCUGCCGUCAGGGUUUUCCUCCCAAUCUCACUUCGGAAACAGCUCUCCGAUGGGAAUGCUGUCGUUCAACAUUGCUGCCGCCGGCGACCAUCCAGAGAUGCAGCAGUUCUCUUCCCUGCAGGACCAUCUCUUCCCCUUCGCGGCGACCGGCAACUACAACCACAACUACUCCAUUUCGUCGGGUCUUGCAGGUUUCAACAGGGGGACCCUUCAGUCCAAUUCACCAGCUCAUUUGCCUCAGCUGCACCACGACAGUCACAACCACCUACAGAGGCUCUCUUCUACCGUCGACGGAUCAAACCUGCAAUUCUUCUUCGGUUCGGCUGCAGCCGCCGCCAACGCAGAGAACCAACUUCCGGCAGCGUUCGACGGCCGCCUGCAGCUCUACUACGGGGAUGGCUAUCGGCAUUCAGACCUGAAGGGCAAAGGGAAGAGCUGAAACAAUCAGCAAGAUGGUGGCUUUUUGUCCGUACUCCAUUACUGGGAGGAGCAUGGAAACCUUCUCUAAUUACCACCUGCAACAUAUUAUUGGUCUCAUUGAUGACUCCAGUAGCAACCAUUCACUUCUAUAGUUAUCUUCUUCUGGGUGGAGGGAUAUACCUUGUGGUGAAGUGUCAUCUUUCUUAUGCUCUCCUAGUGGAUAUGGAGAUCAUCCAAAGCUGUCACAGUGUGAAAUUUGUUCACUUGUAGAGAAGGUGGCUCUAUCAAUACACUCUGUUUUAAGUUGGAGCAUGUGUAUCACAAUUAUUACCAAUCUAGUGCUAAGUCUGUCUGUAAACUAUUUUUGGUGCUUGUACUGAUGGUAUUUGUUGAAUGCAUCCUGUGGCACAGCAAGA